AUGAUUCCACUUAUCUAUCCCCCUAUCAAUAAUAUUUAAACAGAUAGGUUUUCUAAUGAAGGCUCUCCUCGAGCUGUUGGUAAAAAGCUAUUGAAACUUAAGCUAAAUUUAAAUAGCUUGUAGAAAAUUUACAAUAGUAAUAUGUAAGCUUAUCAAACUCACUCUAUAAACUUGAAUAAGUAGUUGAGAAAAUCAAUUGAUGAUAAGAGGUAUGCUAGAAUAUCUCAUUCAAAUAAUAAGAAUUACCCGAUGAGAGCUAUCCUUAAGUCUUACUCACAUUCAAAGAAGCCCCCUUUAAAUAUAAGAGAACCGAGCUCUAAUAUUACCUCUCCAAAAUGGAAUACGAUUAGUAACAAUGAAAUCUUUAGAACACUAUAAAACUAAAAUAUUCCAUAGUAUCGUCAGAAUUUGUUAAAUUCAUCCUCAAGUCCUUUGAUAUAGUAAACUAUUACCAAUAUUCAAAGCCCUGAAAGCAUUGAGAAGCCAAAAUUCAACUUUAUCUAUCGAAAGACAACCCUGAAUUCAGCUUAGCAAUAGAGGAUUUUGGAAUAAAUAAAACUAAAAGAGCAAAAGAGUAUAGAUAAAAUCCAAUUAAAUCAAUUAGCUCAAGCAUAAGUAAACAACUCUCCUGUUGUUACUCAUAAAUAUAUACCCAAAAUAAUAAAAGUGCCAAAGAUGCAAUCAAUUUAAUAACUUAUUUCGGAACAAGAAUAUAUAGUACCUUAUGAUAAACCUAAAAAGGGAAGUAAGCAAAUAAAGCUUGAAGGUACUACUUUAUUAAUAUAAUAAAUAAUGAAUAAAGAAAAAGGUAAUGUAAUUAAAUGA